UCUCCGCCACCACCAUGCGCCACCUCUUGAGCUCUUUCCGCCACAAUCAGCUAAAUCACCGCCGUAUAACGCCGCGUAUCCAUUCCAUCUUCUGUGCAAAUUACAAGCCGCAGAAGCCUCAACCACUGCCAGCACCACCGUCUCCUCCAAAACCUCCUAAAAAGCCGGUGACUUUCACCCAUCACGGCGAGUCAUGGGAGGACCCUUACAGCUGGAUGUCACAGCUCAAUGACAAAGUAGCCAUGCGCCAUAUGGAUGUGUACAUGGAACAAGAGGAGAAAUACAUUGAAGCCGUUAUGUCCGAUACCGAACGCCUCCAGUCCAAACUUCAGUCGGAAAUGGGCUCUCGCUUGUCAAAUGAACUCUCCACACCUCCCCUUCGUUGGGGUCCUUGGUUGUACUAUAGGCGAGUGGAAGAAGGGAAGCAGUAUCCAGUGCUGUGUAGAAGGUUAGCACGGGCGAAUGAAGAUUUCAUUUCCAAUAAAUCUCCUUCAGCAGGUUUCGAUUUUACUUCGGGGAAGAGAAUUGAGCAGAAGCUUCUUGACUACAAUGAAGAAGCUGAAAGAUUUGGAGGUUAUGCAUAUGAAGAAUUAUCAGAAGUGUCCCCUGAUCACCGAUAUCUAGCAUACACAAUGUAUGAUAAGGAUAACGAUUGCUUUAAAUUGUCUGUGCGAGACUUAAAUUUCGGUUCACUAUGUAGUAAGCCCCAAGCAGAUCGGGUUUCAAACAUAGCUUGGGGGAAAGAUGGACAAGCAUUACUCUAUGUUGUCACUGAUCACUGUAAGAGGCCUUAUAGAAUCUACUGUAGUAUGAUUGGGUCUGAACAAGAUGACGUGUUGCUUAUAGAAGAGCCUAGCGAGAAUGGCUAUGUAAACAUAAGACAUACUAAGGAUUUCCAGUUUCUAACAGUACAUAUAUUCUCAACUACAUCAUCUAAGAUUUUUCUGAUAGAUGCUGCUGAUCCUUUGUCUGGUAUGAUACCUGUGUGGGAAUGUGAGGCUCAAGCCCACUGUGUUGUCGAGCAUCACCAAGGGUAUCUUUACCUAUUUACUGAUGCGGCUAAAAAUGGACAAUUAGUUGAUCACCAUUAUCUUUUACGUAGUCCAGUUAACUGCUCACUGAACAAAAGGAAGUGGGAGAAUAUAUUCAGUGAUGACUCGGAGUUCAUAAUUGAAGACGUUGAUUUCAGUGACAAGCACUUGGUGCUCAUUAUGCGGGACAAACGAAAUUUUAGACUUUGUCCCAUUUCUCUUCCUCUGCCAAUUAUGAAGGAAGAGAUUAAGCUCAAAGAGAUCAGUCCACAGUCUUUGCCUCUUCCAAAGAAUGUCUCUCAAAUUAAGCCUGGAACUAAUUAUGACUUCUACUCCUCAACAAUGCGAUUCACAAUAUCAUCCCCUUUGAUGCCUGAUGCAGUUGUCGAUUAUGACUUAUCAAAUGGAAAAUGGAACAUAGUACAGCAGCAAAACUUGCUUCAUGAAAGAACAAAAGUGUUGUACGGAACAUCAUCUUCAGCUAGUUUUAUUCAGAGUGCGAGGAAUUCAGGCUCUAAUAACGAAGUCAAUCCUGAAAAUCAUUCUACAUGGAAUGAUCUUUCUGAGUUCUAUGCCUGUGAAGUUCACAAUGUCAUGUCUUAUGAUGGGAUUAUUGUUCCUUUGACUGUUGUCUAUUCUCCAAAGAGGAAAAAGCAAGCUGAGAAUCCUGGAUUACUUCAUGGACAUGGAGCUUAUGGAGAGAUACUGGACAAACGAUGGCGCAGUGAGUUAAAAAGCCUUCUCGAUCGUGGUUGGGUAAUUGCAUAUGCUGAUGUCAGAGGUGGAGGAGGUGGGGGGAAAAAGUGGCACCAUGAUGGCAGGCGGACAAAGAAGAUCAAUUCCAUUUAUGAUUACAUAUCCUGUGCUAAAUUCCUAAUUGAGAGGGAAAUUGUGCAAGAUAACAAGCUCGCUGGGUGGGGUUACAGUGCUGGGGGGCUAUUGGUGGCUUCAGCUAUAAAUUCUUGCCCAAGUCUAUUGCGGGCAGCAGUUUUGGAGGUACCAUUUUUGGAUCCAACAAACACUCUCCUCAAUCCAAUCUUACCGCUUACACCUGCUGACUAUGAUGAGUUUGGGUACCCCGGGGACAUUACUGACUUUCAGGCAAUCCGCAAAUAUUCACCUUACAAUAACAUUCAAAAAGAUAUUUUAUAUCCAGCUAUUCUGGUGACAUCUUCAUUCAACACACGGUUUGGAGUGUGGGAAGCUGCAAAAUAUGUUGCUCGGGUGCGUGAAUGUUCCAUCUAUGAUCCUAAACAUCCAGUAUUACUUAAUUUGACAGCUGAUAUAGUUGAAGAAAAUCGAUACCUGCACUGCAAGGAGUCAGCGCUGGAGACAGCUUUCCUUAUUAAGAUGAUGGAAUCAUAGCUAUUUUCGCUCUGUUUAUUAAUUUCAUGUAUUGUAGAAAAGUUUAUGUACCAUGUGAUCUCAAACUUAUUUUUUCACCUUCCAUAUGAAGCCAGAUUGUAGUAAGCAGUUAACGAAUAUUCCUACUAAUCUUGCCCUUUACAGCAAAGGUGUUCUCCAUGAGGAGAAUCUCCUUUAGUCUUUACUUGCCACAUUCUUGUCCAACUUAUUAGAGUUGUUGUUAUUGAAAAGCGCGGUGGCUCUUGUUUUUGAUGAA